GCUGAGACUGCCAGACCUGGAGGCUGCUGCUUGGGGUAGCUCUUCAAUAUUGCUGCUGCUUACUCAGUAGAAAACUGAAGACCAGAGAAGUCCUGGAAAGACAAGCACCAUGUCUCUGAGCAAUGCCUUCAGGGCUGUGGGCAACGACCCUGGGAUCAUCACAUGGAGGAUCGAGAAAAUGGAGCUGGCACUGGUGUCCCUGAGUGCCCAUGGCAACUUCUAUGAGGGCGACUGCUACAUCAUCCUCUCGACUCGGCAAGUGGGCAGUCUCCUCUCCCAGGACAUCCACUUCUGGAUCGGGAAAGACUCCUCCCAGGAUGAGCAGAGCUGUGCAGCCAUCUAUACCACACAGCUAGAUGACUACCUGGGAGGCAGCCCUGUGCAGCACCGAGAGGUCCAGUACCACGAGUCCGACACCUUCCAUGGCUACUUCAAGCAGGGCAUCAUCUACAAAAAGGGGGGCAUGGCCUCUGGGAUGAAGCACGUGGAGACCAACACCUACGAUGUGAAGCGGCUGCUACACGUGAAGGGGAAGAGAAACAUCAGGGCCACUGAGGUGGAAAUGAGCUGGGACAGUUUUAACCGAGGCGAUGUCUUUUUGCUGGACCUCGGGAAGGUCAUAAUACAGUGGAAUGGCCCAGAGAGCAACAGUGGGGAACGCCUGAAGGCUAUGCUUCUGGCAAAGGAUAUUCGAGACAGAGAGCGAGGGGGCCGUGCUGAAAUAGGAGUGAUUGAGGGGGACAAGGAGGCAGCCAGCCCGGAGCUGAUGACGGUCCUUCAGGACACCCUUGGCCGACGCUCUAUUAUCAAGCCUGCAGUCCCUGAUGAAAUCAUAGAUCAGCAGCAAAAGUCAAAUAUCACGUUGUAUCAUGUCUCAGACUCAGCAGGGCAUCUGGCAGUCACAGAGGUAUCCACGAGGCCUCUGGCCCAGGACUUACUGAACCAUGAUGACUGCUACAUCCUGGACCAAGGUGGAGCCAAGAUAUACGUGUGGAAAGGAAAAGGAGCCACAAAGGUUGAGAAACAGGCAGCCAUGUCUAAAGCCCUGGGCUUCAUCAAGAUGAAGGGCUACCCCAGCAGCACCAACGUGGAGACUGUCAGUGAUGGUGCUGAGUCAGCCAUGUUCAAGCAGCUGUUCCAGAAGUGGUCAGUGAAGGACCAGACCACGGGCCUGGGGAAAAUAUUCAGCAUUGGUAAAAUUGCUAAAGUUUUCCAGGACAAGUUUGAUGUGACUCUACUCCACACUCAGCCAGAGAUAGCUGCCCAGGAAAGGAUGGUGGAUGAUGGCAACGGGAAAGUGGAGGUCUGGCGAAUUGAGAACCUGGAGCUGGUGCCCGUGGAGCAUCAGUGGUACGGCUUCUUCUAUGGGGGAGACUGCUAUUUGAUUCUCUAUACGUAUGAGGUGAAUGGGAGGCCGCAUUACAUCUUGUACAUCUGGCAGGGCCGCCAUGCCUCACAGGAUGAGCUAGCAGCCUCAGCAUACCAGGCAGUAGAGCUGGAUCGGCAAUUUGAUGGAUCCCCUGUGCAGGUUCGGGUCAGCAUGGGGAAGGAGCCACGCCACUUCAUGGCCAUCUUCCAAGGAAAGCUUGUUAUCUAUGAGGGUGGGACUUCUAGGAAGGGAAAUGCAGAGCCUGACCCUCCAGUAAGACUCUUCCAGAUUCAAGGAAAUGACAAAUUUAACACCAAGGCAGUGGAAGUUUCAGCCUUUGCUUCUUCCUUAAAUUCCAAUGAUGUCUUUUUGCUUCGAACCCAGGCAGAGCACUACCUGUGGUAUGGCAAGGGCUCCAGUGGGGAUGAGCGGGCCAUGGCGAAGCAGCUGGCCACAGUAAUCUGUGAUGGCACCGAGGAAACUGUGGCUGAAGGCCAGGAGUCAGCUGAGUUCUGGGACCUGCUAGGAGGAAAAACUCCCUAUGCCAAUGAGAAAAGACUACAGCAGGAAAUUCUAGAUGUCCAGUCCCGUCUCUUUGAAUGUUCCAAUAAGACUGGCCAGUUCAUUGUCUCCGAGAUCACAGACUUCACCCAGGAUGACCUGAACCCAGGUGAUGUGAUGCUCCUGGAUACCUGGGACCAGGUGUUCUUGUGGAUUGGAGCUGAGGCCAAUGCCACAGAGAAGGAGAGGGCCCUUGCUACUGCCCAGGAAUACCUGCAAACUCAUCCCAGUGGCCGAGACCCUGACAUGCCCAUCCUGAUCAUCAAACAGGGGUUUGAGCCUCCCAAUUUCACAGGCUGGUUCCUGGCCUGGGACCCUCACAUAUGGAGUGCAGGAAAAUCAUACCAACAGUUAAAGGAAGAGCUGGGAGAUGGUGCUGCUAUCCUACAAAUCACUGCUGACAUGAAGAAUGCCACCUUCUCCCUGAAUUCUGGUGACAAUGAGGCAAAAUAUUACCCUAUAGAAGUUCUGUUAAAAAGUCAGACUCAGGGGCUGCCUCAGGAUGUGAACCCUGCCAAAAAAGAGAAUUAUCUCUCUGAAUGUGACUUUGUGUCUGUGUUCGGCAUCACAAGAGGAAAAUUUGCUGCUUUGCCUGGCUGGAAACAGCUCCAAUUGAAGAAAGAAAGGGGGCUUUUCUAGGCCAAGAAGCCUUGUGCCUAUUACAAGACCACAAGAGAGCAGAAAGUGUCAAUAUUGGGAAAGAAUUUACCAACUUCUACCUGGCAUUCAGCUACUUAUCUAUAUACAAGAGUCUAAAAAUCA